CACUUUGAAUGGGCAUGAUGCCUCUAAGCAUCUGACAGGGCAAACCGCUUUAAACUAUACAUGCUAACUAUAUCUUAUUUAAAGCCCUUAAUAUAAAGCAUGUCACAAACUGGAUUAUGCACUUGCCCCAUAGCAGCUCACUCUGUGUCUUCCGCUAUUUUUCAGAUGCACUCGUAUCAAACUACAGUAUAUCAAUAUAAAAGGUUUUGCCUCAUACCACAUUGCUUAUAAAGAAUAGAUCAAUAUAUUGUACAAACUCGAUAUACCGCCCAGCCCUACGUUUUAACAUGUUUACAUGAUCACAUGCAAUGUUGCCGUAUUAAAAAUAAUGAUCGCUUUAAUCUGUUUAAGAAUGUGCGUGUAAAUGCACUCUGUGCAUUUCCAACAAUUCAAUCUGUUCCCGAUGGACAAAAUCAAGUCCCACUAUGCAUUACUAUAUGAUAGAGUGCAGUUAUAACUUGAAAUUAUUAUUUGGCAUAGCCGGUUGGUAGAAUAAAGAUAAAGCAGCUCAGUUACUCAGUAAACAGCUGUUAUAUCCUCAUUUGAAAUGAGAGCAUAUCAGAACAUUUAAACUAUUUUAUCAUCUGGCUGUGAGUGAACAGUCUCUUAAGUACAUAUUAGAAGAGAUAAGUAAAAUUGACCUACAAAGAAGAAAACCAGUGUCUCUUGUGUGAGUACCUGUUUUUAAAGUAUUUCAGAGUACCAGCAUAUUCUUUUUAUCUACUAGUUAUGUGCCAAUUUAGAUUGCUUAGAUUCUCUAGAACAUGUUACUGAAACAUUUUCACAUCAGUUAUUGUUAAACAAGUAGUAUAUUACAGUUCAAAUUGCAGCUCUCACCAUUCUUGCUAUACUCUUAUUGAAGUCACUGUUUAUUAGUGAUUUACAUUUCUGAGUUUUAUUUCAUGCAAUUGUUUUUUAUUAUUAUAUCUUGAUUAGGUUUUGCUGGAAUGGGUAAUCUUCUAAAAGUCCUUACAAGGGAAAUAGAGAACUAUCCACAUUUUUUCCUGGACUUUGAAAAUGCACAGCCAACAGACUGUGAGAGAGAGGUGUGGAACCAGGUGAAUGCUGUUCUCCAGGAGUCAGAGAGCAUCCUGUCCGGCCUGCAAGCCUACAAGGGGGCGGGCCAGGAAAUACGAGAUGCAAUACAGAAUCCUAAUGACAUGCUCCUUCAGGAGAGGGCGUGGAACUCUGUGUGUCCCCUUGUCAUCCGCCUAAAGAAGUUCUAUGCUUUUUCAUUGAAACUAGAGGAAGCACUGCAGAGCCUUUUGGAGUCUCUGACGUGUCCGCCAUACACUCCCACUCAGCACCUGGAGAGGGAGCAGGCCCUCGCUAAACAGUUCGCUGAAAUCCUGCAUUUCACCCUCCGCUUUGAUGAGCUUAAGAUGAGGAUUCCAGCUAUCCAAAAUGACUUCAGCUACUACAGAAGAACAAUCAGUCGAAACCGAUUAAACAACAUGAAUCUUGAAAAUGAAGUCAAUAAUGAAAUGGCAAAUAGAAUGUCUCUGUUCUACGCUGAAGCCACGCCUAUGCUGAAGACCUUGAGCACAGCAACGACAAACUUUGUGACAGAGGUACUGCUUGUUUCUACAGUCGCAAUUUUAGCACUUUGA